AUGGCCGACGAUCGCCAUCGCAACGACUAUCCUCAGCACCGACCAGAAAAUCGCUAUCCGUCGCAGUCGCUGUACCCGCCUCCCGACGCCGUUCAACGUGCAGCAGACGACCAAGCGCGCCCCGGGAUGGCUGCCCCUUCUGUAUCACUGCCUUCUAUGCACGACCCUCGAGCACCAGGCUACGGGCCACCGCCUGGCAGCCACGGAUACCCAUCAGACCACCGCUAUGCCUCGCCUAGCACGACGAAUGGCUAUCCGCCUCCGCCUCCUCCACCUGGCCAACAACCGCUAGGCAGUUACCUGCCGCCUCCUCAGCAACAUCCCGAUCCUCGCGCGGGGCAAGGCUAUCGAGGACCCGAGCCCUACCCACCGGGCCGCCCGCAGCCUGGUCCAUAUGGGCAGGAGCCUCCAUAUAGGCAUCCAGAGCCCUACUACUACCAGCAGCCGCCUCCCGGGGCGCCAGGCCCGCCGCCGCAAGCGUACUACCAUCAGGGGCCGUAUCCCCAAGAAUAUGGGCCUCCUCCAGGGGGACCGCAGAUGCCACAGGCGGCUCCACGACAGAGGACAUCCAUCGCCUGUAAAUAUUGUCGCAAGCGCAAGAUUCGGUGCAGCGGGUACCACAACGGGGGCAAGUGCCAGAACUGCGCGCGCAUGAACCAAGACAAGGGUUGGCCUAUCCUCCUCAGGGUGGUCCUUCGGGGCAGCAGCAACCACCGCCACCGCAGCACGGUCAGCACCCACAGGGUCAACAUCAACAGCAGCCACCACCACCUCAUGGUGGCUACUAUGCUCAGCCGCCGCCGCCGCACCAUCAGCAACACCCGCACCCGCACCCGCACCAGCCUCAAUAUCCGCCUCCGCCGCACCACGUCCCCUGCGGAGUCGGCGUACUCGUGGACUUCGAAGCCCGAGGAUAGCUCGCAGAGUGGCCGACGUCGUCGGAGAUCUGAAGAAGAUACGGAUGCGUACCGCCCACCACCACCUAGGGUCGGCGCCACCGAGGACGAGCCUAGACGCCGCUCCCCGGCCGAGUUUUCGAGCAAAAGCAGUCCUGGCGGGUUACCUAUGCGAUCCUUCUCGACGCACAGCCCGCGCAACCCGGUUCUUCCCCAGGUGAAGACGGAGAGUCAGCCUGGUACAUACAGCGAUCGCUCCCCGGGGCAUGCGACCAUGACACAGAGUGGAGGGUCUACACCAGCUCGCCAGGCACCGGCUCCGAGCGUGACGCCCACCAACCAGCCGGCGCAGCUCCAGGGACAGCCUGGGCAGCAGGGACAGGGCCAGGCACAGCAGGGUGGACAACAGGGGACGUCGGUCAUGAGCUUGAGCAACCUGGUCGACAAGAAUGACAUUGACAGGGGCAUGAUGGACAGAUUGAAUCGGCCACGCAACCCUGGAGCGCCCGCCAAAUGA